CGUAGAAGACACAGUCUGUGAGCCAUGUGCUGUGCUGUAAAAGCAAGUAGAUGAAACGGGCCCAGCUGUAGCUUCUGUAUACCUAUACCCAGAUAAAUAAACUGUUAACAAAAAGGUUGAUUUCCUCCGAACGGCUAGCUCUUGGAAUCACACGGCUUAAUACCCAAUAGGGGACCCAAAGCUGUCGUUGCACUUACGUUGGCCGAUUUCUCCAUCACCUAAUACUUCUUGUGCAUAUAUAUUUGGCAGCUUUCGUUUGAGAGCAAUAAUAUUUUUUGCUUGCGGCAUAACAAUCGAAACGCCAAGCUUAUGCCCUGAAGAGGGGUUUCCAGCUGCAAUCAGAGGUCAGGGGUCGGAAUGGAGGCAGCCAUGGAUCUGAUGCGAAGAAUGCCGCCUACGCAAUCACAGGAUGCGCUUAAUAACUUGCUGGCUCUCCUUCCCGAGCACUCUGCCGACCUGCUCUCGCGCGUCGAUCAGCCUCUCCAGGUGGAAGUUGAUGUAGACUCAGGGAAGGAGUUUUUAUUAUGUGAUUACAAUCGGGAUGGUGAUUCGUACAGGUCACCUUGGUCAAACAAAUACCACCCACCAUUGGAAGAUGGGGCACAGCCAUCUUCUGAAUUGCGAAAGCUGGAAGUGGAAGCGAAUGAUAUUUUUGCCAUUUAUCGUGACCAGUAUUAUGAAGGUGGAUUCUCUUCUGUUUACAUGUGGGAACCAGAUGAAGGAGACAGUUUUGCAGCAUGUUUUUUGAUAAAGAAGGAUGGUUCACAGGCAGGACAAGGUCGAAGAGGUUUCUUACAGAAAGGUGUAUGGGAUGCCAUCCAUGUCAUUGAGGUAGGAAUCCAAGACGAGGGUACAGCUCAUUACUGUUUGACUAGCACUGUUAUGCUGUCUAUGACUACAAAUGACCAAUCCUCAGGCACUUUCAGCUUGUCAGGGUCAAUCACUCGUCAGAUGACAGCCGAUAUGUCAAUUGCUGAUGGUCAUUUGAGUAACAUGGGACGUAUGAUUGAAGAAAUGGAGGGUAAACUGAGAAAUGCAUUGGAUCAGGUUUACUUUGGGAAAACAAGAGAAAUGGUGUUGACGUUGCGAGAGCCACUUGGUGUCCUGACUUCAACAUCAUUAUCAGGACAGAGCUUGCAACAGACUAUUGCAAGUGAAAUUCAUCGUUAAUGGUUGCCGGAGAUUGGUUUAAAAAUAUUCUUCUACUAUUUUAGCAGUUGUGAAUGUAUAGUAUUGAGAGAUUUUGAAUCUAUGUAUGUAUGACUUUUGUAUAAUCAUACAUCCUUUAUUUGCAUCAAAUAGAGUGGAUUUAGUGUGGAAGUUUUGAUUCAAAAGUUCAGAUUGCUGAAUACCAAGUGAGGGAACAUUUCGUCUGCAAAAUCUAAUUUCUGCCAAACAGGAUUAGAUUUUGUUGUGGUGAGAGAUUUGAGGUCGUGUGUGUCUGAUGUAUCCUGUGCUUGAAAUGAGUCAUUGUCACAUGUAGCUUUGUAUCUUUGAGUUCUUUUUGUUAUAAAUUUUCCUCCCAUGGCUGCCUCAAUGAACUACCAUGGUGGUCAUACCCUUUAUCCUUUUGAAUUUUAUAUAAUAUUAUUCUUGACUUAA